AUGAUGUCGUCUGACAACAUUGCCCAGUUUCGGCAGUUUCUACUCGAGCUACCCAGAAAAUAUAACUAUAAGUACUCCAAAACCGCCACUCUACAUUUGAGAAGAGCUUUGUACUUUGCCUUCACAGACUCUGGAAGAUUUUUGCCACAAUUCUUUGGUAACUAUCCCCAGGAAUCAAUUCCUCGCUCAUGGUCACAAAUUCAGGCGUUAUCAUCGGUAAAAGAAGACUGGAUACUUCAUAAGUUACACAAACAGCAUCCAGCACAUCCAAAUGUGCCUUGUGCCAAAUUAUUUAGGAAAAAUGAGUCAGUAUACCGUUGUUUGACAUGUGGUUUGGAUGAUAGUUGUGGAUUAUGUGAAGACUGUUUUGUCGAAGAUCAGCAUAUAGGUCACGAAGUUUACAUUUCCAUUUGUACCAGAGAUAUUGGUGGUGUGUGUGAUUGUGGUGAUGCAGAAGCAUGGGUCAUCAACAAUGACUGUAAACAUCGCAAAACGCCCGAAGUAAGUGAAGAUGAUAUAUCCCAGGAGUUGAAGGAUUCUAUGUUUCAGACUUUGGCUUGUGUUGUUGAUUACCUUGUCGACAUUUUAUCGGUAUCUGCCCCGCAGCUCUUGACCACUUGCUCGACGUCAACCAUAAUUGAUCAAUCGAACUCUGCUCUGUUGAGCUCAGAAAAAUAUGGAGCCGUUGAUGUAAAUUCUGAAAAGUAUUUUCUCGUCUUAUACAAUGACCAAUCAAAACAUUACACAGACGCGGUUGAUAGAAUCAGAAUAGCGACUAUGAAGGUCCCGGAGUUUGCAGAAAUGGUUGCUAAACAGUGCCAUACGACAGGCAGAGCCAUAGUAUUGGGAUCCGAUAAUCUCGAAUUCUUAAUUCAGAGGAAGGCAAUACUUGACGCAACUGGUCUUUGCUCAUGUAUAAAGAGUUAUAGGGAGUUUUUCAGGGAAGAAAUGUGUGGUGAAAUUAUUAAUUGGAUGAGAGACAUCAAUAUGGGCCCGGUUGCUGGCAAUUAUAGGGUAUGUCAAAAAUUACUCUGUAAAGCUCUUUGUAGUAAAUGGGAUCUGGGUGUGGAGCCAGUGUCUGAUGAUUUAUUGGGCCAAUUUAUACCUGGAAGGCUUCAGGAUAACAAAAUUCCUAUAUAUCCUACAAUUGUUGGCAAACUCGCUCAUCAAACAGACAUAUAUUGGAAAUCAUGCACCGAUGACCAAACUCUUGAAGUGGAAAGAGUAUGGGAUGCUCCAAAAGAUAUUUGUGAAGAAUGCGACUAUGAUCCCCUGCGGUCCAGUGUCAACACCGAUCCAAUCCAUGGCUCUCGUUUGCAAUAUCUACUUAUCUUUGAUCAUAGAUUAUGGAAAUCUGCCAGAGUAUUACUUCAUGAAAUUUAUGUCUCUUUGGUUGUAUCCAACCAUGUUUACAGAUCAUUAGUGACUUGUCAAUAUGCUGAUGUAUAUCCUUUAAUUGCUGAGAUAUUUUUAGUACUCGACAGAGAGUUUGAUUGGAGUUUUAUGUCCAACUUGUCGGUGCAAUUAUUUACCAGCCCCUCUCAUGCCACAAUGUUGAGUAAACAUGGAGAGGUUAAGAAGCUUAUAGCUGUGACUUAUGGAUUUUUAACAACUGGUCAUAUUACAUUCAGUAAUCCAAACUCAUCAGAUCUCGUCCAUAGGAAGAAGCCAUCGGUACAGUUAUCAUCAUUGAAAGUAAGGAGGUGGAAUCAACUUUUUUUUGAUGUAGGUUAUAUCUUGCAAAGAUCUGAAACCUGUGAUGUUUUUUUUCAAAAGGAUUUUGUCAUGCAAGUUUGCGAUUUGAUAACUUUAUUCAAUGGUUUACCGAUUACAAAGAGAGAAUCUGUCGAACAUGUUGAAUACGAAACUAAUGAUUACCCUUUAUAUUUCAAUGGUGUCAGUAUAAUUGCUCAUUUUGCCAGAUCUGUAGUUAAAUGUGCUUUGAAACUUGAAAAUCGAGAAAAAUAUGUUAAAGCAUCAAUUUUUUGGAUCCUUGAAAAGUUUAUACUCUUGCUAGAUGAAUCAUACCUUAAUGAUGAUACUUACAACAAAGAUAAUGAAACGAGUGAUGGAAGUGCUUCGAAGAUGUUAGAUAGAGUUGAUAUGUGUUUUCGCAACACAAUGGGAGAUGUUGAGGUAAUGGGUAUCAAAAGACAAGUCUUGAAGUUCAGAGUUGAUAGAGACGUUGUAUGUUUCUUACAUCCGUUAUCUACCUAUUUGAGCUACCUGGUUGAAUUUUGUGACAUGAGUGAUCCAGAAGAACUCAGACAAAUAAUUCAGGAGGCUCCAAAGGUUGAAAUUCGUACUUCAGACCAUAACUCAUUCACCCAUACGAAAGAAUAUCAUGAUCAAUGUGAAAUCAACAGAAAGAUUGUAUGGAACAUAAUUAUUGACUAUUCUCUCAGAACUAUUGUUUUGUUAUCACAAAUAAAAGUUGGUUUUUGGGUUCGCAAUGGUUACAGUGCCAGAUCUCAAUACCAUAAUUAUAGAAACUUGGGACUACGUGAAUAUGGCUUCAUUAGAGAUAUCUACUUGGUACAAUGUUUUUGUGUUACUGAAGCCGACCAUGAUACUGUUUCUGCUACAAUAAUUGAAAGGUGGGGACUUAUUCCUUGGACAAAUGAGCUCUAUGAAGAUGUCGAGAUUUAUUCCACCCCUCAAACUUUACAGUUUAUUGUCGAAGAAAUGUUAAAUUUCUUUAUUAUUUUAUUUGAAACUAAUGACCACUUGUUGAACUUGACGGAUAUUGAAAUCAAUGAGCAAAGGCUAAUCAAGGACAUUGUUCAUUAUUUAUGCUUUGAACCUUUGAUGUACACGGAAUUAUGCUCGGAACUACCAGACCAUAUCACUAAUGACAGAAGAUUUGAGUAUAUGCUAAAUAAGGUUGCAGAUUAUGUGUUGCCACCGGGCUCAACAACUAAUGGUCGUUAUAAGUUGAAGGAGGAAUAUAUGAAUGAAAUAAACCCAUAUUAUGUUCAUUAUACUUCUAAUAAGAGAGAUGACGCGGAAAAGUUAGUUCGUGAACGACAACUCGAAAAUUGGAAGAAAAAAUUCCAGGGUGAGAAAUUCAAUGAUAAAUUGCUGUAUCAGGAUACCUAUUUUGAACCAAAAAAAAUUGAAACUGUGCAAUUUUACCAAAAUCUUAACUCUUUCACAAAAUCUGUAUUUUUCCUCAAGUUUUUGAAAAGUACUCUAAACUUCAUUUUGCAAAAUGGGAAAAGAUCUAUCCAAAGUUCUGAAGUGCUUAUUAAUCUCGUCUUGCACUUGAUUCAUGUAUGCAUUGUCAACGAUAAUGAUGAUGGCUUUUCUAAAAUGUGUUUCACUGAUUUGGAUGAUAAAUUGGCCUCAGGUGUCCCAACCGAAGAGCCUCAGAGUAUUAGUGGGUUACUUUACCUGAUCUUGUCCCUCAAAAAUAAUGUUAAAAACAAGACGGGGGACAGUGGGAAUGUGCAAAAAACUGAAUUUGAGAUCCAUCAAAGUAAGAUUAAAGCAAUUUUUAAAGAUAUGAAGGUCAGCGACGGUGAUAAAGAAGAAUAUCUCCGAAAAUCUUUUGAAGGAUUUGAUCCAAGCGUUAUCUUGAGUACAAUUGAUAAAGAAUUGGAAAAGGAAGAUACACAAAGAUCAGAUGAGGAUAGCGUUGUUCUAAGUGAAUUUGAAAGGAAGAAAAAAAUGGCGGCACAACGGAAGGCUAAAAUUUUGGCAGCUUUCAAGAGACAGCAAUCCAAGUUUAUAGAGAAAAACCAAAAUAUCAUUGAAGAUAUCAAAGAUCAUGGACAUGGUAAUCAUGAUGUUGAUAUGAAGGAUGGUGAUGAAAUUUCUGAAGAUACCACAUUUGAAAACAGUGAUGAUGAGGGUCGUCCGGGCUGGAAAUUUCCUGAAGAAUCUUGUAUCUUGUGUCAAAUGCCAGCGGAGGGAAAAGAGGACAUUUUUGGGAUUUUGACGUACGUGACGGAUUCUUCUGAGUUCAGAAAUAUUCCAUUUGACAGCAAGUAUUGGGUGUAUAAAGCUUUUAGCGCAGAUGUCAAUUUAGAUGAGGAGAUAUCUGAUCCAGAUUACAAACAUCCUCGCUAUCACCAUCCAAGGUAUCAUCAACUUCAAUCAGCUCCCGCAACAAAGGUUUCAUUAUCAAAAUGUGAGCAAUAUUUGAAAAAAGUUGAAAAAGAAAGUGUUAUUGGCCCGGGAUUCCCUGGUAAUGAUUCAUGCUCCGUAAUGAGCCAUCCGAUUACAACUAGUUGUGGUCAUGGUAUGCAUUUAUCUUGUUUCAAGAACCACUUGGCAGCAACACAAAAGAGAGUCACCCAUUUCACUAGGACGCUUCCUGAGGACUUAACAAAUGGCGAAUUUAUAUGUCCAUUGUGUAAAGCAAUCAAUAAUACAUUGGUGCCAGUGUUAUCAUACUCAAAUAAUAUUUCUUUGUCAAAGUUUGUUGAACGUCCAAGCAAUGAUGCGUGGUAUAAACCAUUUGAUAAUUUCUCUAAGAAUAAUAUUGAGAAAGUGUUACGUUCGGACUAUCAACAAUUAGUUUAUGAUGAACUUAAGGAAUCAUCUUUGGAAACAAUCCAAUCAAGAUAUAAAUCACUUUUCUUCAAUGAAAGUGGUGAAUCUGAAAGAUUUAAAAAUUUUCACAAAAGAUUCAGAAAGCUUCAUGAGGCUUUAUGCUAUAUUACCUUAUCUUACUUCAAAGAAAAUAUUAGUACACUAUUAGCUCACACUAUCAAAUCGGUUGAGAUCUCACUUCGGGGUGUUUCUUAUGAUGAAGGGUAUAAAAGGCUCGUUAUUUAUCAAUUGUCGCAUAGAGAUAUCACCACUUUGCGUAUUUGGAGUGAGUAUAAAAAGUAUUUUGUCAUGUUUAAUGUCAAAGAGGAAAUGACCACUGCAAAUAACGAGCAUGCAUUAAGCUCAAAUGCUUCAGCUAUUUUAUCUAGUUUUAAUAGAGAAAAUGAUCUCAAAUCUGUUAUCGAUGACCCGAUGACUAUAAUUGAACACUACAUUGGUUUAUUGAAAUUAUUGGCGUCAAAGGAGAUUUUCAAUAUUGGCAACGUUGAUUUAUUUGAAUUAUUGGUUUCAAUCAUUCCAUUGAAGUGCUUUAAUUUUUCAUUUAAUUCAGUGUUGACCAUGUGUUAUCUUGUGGAAAUUUUCAAGAAUGCUUUUGUGUUGGUUACCAAACUUUUUACCAAUAAAUCUAUGAUGCUCCAUGAAGCUGAUAUUUCUAUCUUGGACUUGCCGCCACUUGAGUCAAUUACUGAUACACAAGCUAAUGAUGCGACAGAAAUCUUUAAGAGGUUGGCCCAUUGUGUUCACAAUACUGAUGCUUUAAAUAUGAAUGAAUUUACAGAUGAUACAAGAUUUGGCAAGGUAUUUUACACCAUGAUGAUGAAAUCCAUUGCUCCAUUCUUGAGACGAUGUGCAAUUUGGGCAUUUGUUAAUUGCUCUAACGAUAUCGAUAUUGUUAUUGAUGAUAGUAUGAAUGAGCCAGAUAAAUUGUGUUUGUUUUUGAAUAUUGAUAAUUUCGGGACGAUGUUACAUAAGGUUGUUCUGAAAUCCACUUAUGAAGCGGAGAAGUUCAAAGGAUUUAUUGAACGAAUGAAAUUAUACUCGUUCUUAAACGUGUUGACGAAACCAAGUUUACAAAUUGAUUAUCCUGCAAGGGUGGAGUUGGUGAAUUUACCAGCAAGAAUGGAUUUUUUCUACACCGAACACGUUUAUCCUAGAAUCACUUAUGAUUUGACUUAUGAUCCGGCAGUGUGCUUGUUUUGCGGUAAAGUGAUGGAACUUCAAGAAUCCGUGGUUGGUUUCUUCAAAGUUGGUGAGUGUAAUUUGCAUUACGAAACAGAAUGUAUUAACGAUUGUGGGUUGUUCUUGUUACCGAAACAUGGUUCGAUAUUAUUAUUACACAAUGGCAAUGGCUCCUUCUAUGAUGCUCCAUAUUAUGAUCAGCAUGGUGAAUUGCUGAAGGAUACAAGACAAGGUCAUCCUUUGCAUUUGAAUAUCACCAAGUACAGGGAAUUCAUUAGGAAUUUUUGGUUGCAGCAUAACGUUGCCAAUUAUGUGACGAGAAAGUUAGAAUCUUGUAUUGACGUUGGGGGUUGGGAGACUUUGUGA